AUGGUGCGGUGGAGAUACUUCAUAGUAGUGGCUUUAUUGCUCCUCCUGCCAGUGAAGACUGUGUCUGAAGACGAUGACGAAGAAGAAAAAUUUGCAAGAUAUAAUAGGAAAUUUUCUUCCAGACACGCCGCCGACGAGACAGAGGAGGAGGAAGAAGAGGAGGACGAUGAAGAAGAAGAUGAUGUAGAGAAGAGUCAUGCGCCUGUCGCCGGCAGAAGAACCAUGGGGCAUCCCACUGUGUAUAAGCCCACCACGCCGGCGGUGACAGGAACCUUCACCAGGCCGGAGAAGAAGAGACCGCUGGAGUGUUACGUCUGCGCGUACAAGUCAGAAACUCCAAUGAGGUCGUGUCUGGAUCCGACGAAGUACAGAGUCCACACGCUUACCUGUCACGGGGUUGAAGACAAGUGCUUCACCUCCAUCAUAUCCAAGCAAGGCAACUACGAGGCUGUGGUGCGAGGUUGUCGGUCUAACUGCGUCGGCACUCCGGAUACGACUUGUUGCGAGAUAAACCGCUGCAACAAUCAAGCGUUGGCGAUGCCGACGCCCGCACCCAAGGCUCUGGUCAGCGAGAACUCCCAGAAGUCCCUACAACCCAACGUGCUGUUUUUUGUCACCAUCCUGUUACUCCUCCAGACUGUGGUCCGAGUUGUCAUUGUGUAG